AAUUACAGAAGCGCGAGCCCAUUGGCUUGUGCUCUAAGAGAUCCGCUGCCUAGCGCGUGACAACCAAGGAAACCCCAGUAAAUACACACUGAUCUUACGGCCGGUGCUGCGCGUGCUAAAGGGUCUUGUCUCUGGAGGAUAUUUGGGGAGUUCAUCUUGCUGUCGCUGAUGGAGACCAGACAACAAGAGUUGUACUCUGGUGUUCUGAGUGGAGCAGUGGUGGACUGGGGCAGCAUGGGUCCUGGAGAGGAAUGGGUUAACUCUGCCACACACGAGGGAGAGCAGGGUUUGAAUCAGGGCAUGUUUUACCCCUCUGGCGAGGAACCGGUUAAAAGGAGCUCAUAUGGUGAUGACGUGGCUCCAGUGGCCCAAAACGGGGAAAACCCAACAGAAUGGGGUAAAACUUCACCAUCAGGGGACGAUCAGUGGGGUCAGACAUCAGUGUCCCACUGUGACAACUGGGUCAUGUCUUCCACUUGGGAUAUGCAACUGGACAGCACAGAGCGAGGACACCUCACCGCAGGUUUUCUGGACUCUGAGCCAUUGAGAGAGACUGACGAAGAUAUGGCGUCAGAAGUCAACUUGAACAUUAUGACGGAUGAGGAGAGAGAGGAGAUUCAGCAAGAGUUAGCUAAACUGGAGGAGGAGAUCAGUACAUUGAGGCAGGUUUUGUCGUCCAAAGAGAAGCAGCACGCAGAGCUCAAACAAAAACUGGGCAUGAGUUCUCUGAACGAUCUGAGAAACAACUUCAGUAAAGGCUGGCACGACAUGCAGACCUCCACAGCCUAUAAGAAGACAUCAGAGACGCUGUCCACAGCAGGACAGAAAACCUCAGCCGCCUUCAACACACUGGGCAGCGCCAUCAACAGGAAGUUUGGGGACAUGAGCUACUCCAUCAGACACUCUAUGAGCAUGCCCACCAUGAGAAACUCUCCCAGCUUCAAGUCUUUUGAGGAGACAGUCGAGACUACAGUGUCCACUAUCAAGACGAAGGUUGGCGGUACAGAGUCGGGAGGCAACUUUGAGGAAGUCCUCUCCUCCGCAGCAAACGCCAGCUCUCAGGACACGCCCACUAACAACUUGACGGACAUCUCCGAGAGGCCGUGUUAGAGCCACACCGUGAGGCGGGACUUAAAAACCCGGAAACUGCUGUGUUACAGCACUUCUCUACUCAAUACUCAAUACUCUGACUGAAAUGUUACAACAUACUUGUAUUUGAUGUCUCAUGUUCAGAUGCUUUUGUGAAACACGUUUGCGUUUAAGCCUCCUUACACCUGGAUGCAACCCUAAAUUAUUAGACUUGAUAGAAAAUUGACGUAACUUCUUGUUUGGACCAAUUUUACCCUAAAUAUUCCAAAGCGGCAUUUGUCUACUUUUAUUUUGAAAGAUCAAGACAGCUAGCAUCAAAAGCGCUCUGACUAUAGUAGAGGAUCUGAUAACAAACCCAGUGAGCCUCUCAGAUUAUUCCACAUGUAACUAAACUGGGUUUAAAGGAACAAUCUGUUGACAACCUAGAUCACUUUAUGAAUUUUACCAAGAGAUCAGAGCCGGUUGAUCUCUUUGUUGAAGGACUCUUAGUCAGUGUGGUGGAGAACGUACCUCCAAACCACAGACGUUGUUCAGGUGAGGUGAAGGGGAGACGCAGCUAAGCAUUAGUGGAAAAAGGGAGGACGAGCAGAUUCCAAAUCGGCUCCAGAAGUAUUUCUUCUGUCACCUAAAUUAAGCGUGUCUUGGUUUGGCUCGUGUAUUCACUUCCAGUUUUCACAGCUGCACACAAAACGAGAGGUUUUUGAUUCCUUCUUUUGUUUUGGAAAUUCGACAUAAGUGGAAACAGCCAUCAAACAGCAUCAACACUCAUGAAUACAACUUUCAUACCAAAAACUACACUUUUAGGCUAACCGUGUUUGCUUAAUAAAAAUAUAUAUUUUAUGUUACAUUUUACCUUGUACCUUUUUACUAAAACGUUUUUAAAAAAUGUGCAGAUAACCCAUGUGGAUGUGGUCAACCCAGGAGUCCUGGGUGAAACAAAAUAUUUGUAAACUUGCAUAAAUGAUUUUACAUUAAGACAGAAGCUCAAGAUUUUAUUAUAGCACUAAAACGAUAUUUUGUGGACUGACUUUGAAAAUACAGCCAGGCAUACUACUUUUUGAAAAUACAGCUGACUGUUACACACAUUUUGCGUAUAGUCUGUGCUUUCACACUAUAGGACUAACUAGUAUAUACUGUAGGAAUAAAUGCAACACUGUAUUUGCCAUGUGCAGUGAAAUACUGACUGCUUGAAAAAUGGAUGUUGGGCAAAAUCUGAUUAAUCACUUAUGCUGAAAAUAAAAUGAAAACAAUUUUGUAUCUCAGGUCUCUACAAACCUCUUCAGUCCAGCAGUUUGAGCUGGGGGUGUGUUUAACCUUGUGUUGAACUGCUGUACCUUUUUAGAUUAGUGCUGGAUUCACACAAGUAUACAACAUGACAUUUUAACCCUAAAAUGGUCCAGAUACUGUAAAAGCUGAAGCUUUUUCUGAGGCCUAUUUCACUGAGCACAGUGUAACAUUAAUAUACAGCUCAGAUUGUUUAACUUCCAGAUGCAGAACUAACCUGUUUAAUGCUGAAACAUCACUUUUUACUGUUCUGAAAAGGUUUGUGUCACAAAACAUUAAAAAUCUCAUUUAAAUUGUGGGUGAAAACAUCCUUUUCUUUUAAAGUUAUCGACCUCUGCUGCAUAACUUUGCCAUCAAAGCAACGUUCUGUUUUCAAAAUAUAAUCUGUUUUGUGUUUCUCAUAUCGUCUUUCAUGUGGUUAUUUUUCUUCUUUGCUGUGGUUUGAGAAGAUCUCCCGGAUCAUUUCAUGUUUAAUGAAAUGUAUUAAAUAAAAUUCAUGUCAAUAUUCAAGAU